GGGCGGGGCCACGGUGAGGGUGAGAGAGACAGAGCAACAGGUUGUCGAAAGGGUUUUGUUUUAAUUCCCGUCGGUGAGCAGCGUGAACGCUCCAUCAUCAUCAUCAUCAUUAUUAUACAGUGCUACAAUCCCAUGGUGAAGUCACCGUGAAACGGACCCGCUGAACACUGGGACUGUUGUAUAUUGUCUGUGAGUCACAAUGAAUUCCCUCUCAGCAGACAGAAAGACUCCGGUGGACUAUGGUGUCCAGAUCCGCUUUAUCAAAGACCUGGAAGACAUGGGUGGAGGCUAUGCUGAGAGAAGUCGUGGUGUUGGAGGGGCCGGAGCUGCUGGUGGCAGUGGGACUUCUCCAUCCUCUUCAUAUGGGGUUGCAGUAAGGGUUCAGGGCAUUUCUGGACAGCCCUAUGUGGUGCUAAAGGAUGGAGAGAAGGGUGACUCAUAUGGAGUACAACUCAAGACCCAGCCACAGACCCCAAUUCUUGGACAUUCAUCCCCAUUCAAAAGCCUUUCUUCGAGACCACAUGAUAUUGCACAGACUCCUAAAGACCCAUACAGCACACUUGGGCCACCAGGUUCGUUAGAGGAAGAGAUGGCCAAAUUUGGGAGCCCUUCGAAGAGGCCACCAGGUGAUGGGCAAGCAGGAAGUCAGGGAGAUGGAGAAAGAGGGACUACAGAAAAAUCAGGAUCUGCUCCUUCAUUCAAGGACUCUGAGAAGAAAGACCUCAAAGAGCUGAAUGAAGCUGGUCUUAGACCAGUGCGGCAGAAUGGAACUGGUGGAACUGUAAAUGGGACAAGUACGGCUGUGGAAGAGCCGGUGGAAGCCAUUGACACAAAAUCUUUAGCACCCAUUAAUAAACUUAUCAGUAAAUUUAACAGCAGUGCCGCCUCCACCAUGCCAAGCCGUUUCAGAGGUCGCUCUAAAGCUCGAACAUCUCUGCAGUUCGAUGAGCGUUCUCACAGCUUGGAUGCUCGCGAGGACAAGGAAGAAGAGCCUCCUGCUUCACAAACCGUAAAUCCCUAUGCUACUGCAGUAAACUCCACACCAGUCUCCAGUCUUACAUCACCCAAACUUACAAAAUACAACAGUCUUGGCCAGAGCUCUCCUACCAUAGCAAAGAUGCCAGCUGUUCCUGCCUCAAAGGCACCUACCGUAAAUAAAACUCCAAGGAUGUUUGUUGCAAAUGAAGUGCCACCUGCUCUAUUACAGAAACGGGUAACUCCUGAACUUCUGAGUUGCCAAAGUCAAAGUACCGAUUCCAUUAAAAGAGGUGAAGCUCAAGAAAAACAGGCAAUCUACGAAGUGCUCAGAGAAGGGUCUGUUGAGAGCGAGACAUCACUGAGACGAAAAGCGAAUGUCAUUCAUGAGCUGUACAGAGAGAUGAAGGAGGAGAACGAGGUACCAAACAAUCACACACAAGGGCAACUUGAUCAGACCAAGAGAGAACUGCAGCAUGCUCAGGACCGCUUUGUGGAGCUACACUUGGAGAAGGAGCGGUUGGAGUCUCUAUGUCAUCAACAGGAGGAUCAGCUGGCUCAGCUACAGGAGGAGCUGGGGAGAGUGUCGGAGGGCGCACCUCACACACACUCGCUGCACAUGGACCUACUGAUGCUUCAGACUGAGCUGGCUGAGGUGGAGAUGCUGAGGCAGAAGCAGGAGGAGACGCUGCACAUGAGAGAGAGGGAGCUCACUGCUCUGAAGGGGGCACUGAAGGACGAAGUGGCUGCACAUGACAGGGAGAUGGAGGCACUCCGAGAACAUUACAGCCAAAAUAUGGCGGCACUUCAAAAAAGCAUGGAGAAUGUAUCAGAGUCACAGCAGGAGAUCGAGGAAGAGCGGAAAAAAGUCAAUGCCUCGAUUGUGGCUCUGGAAGAGGAGCUGGACGGUUACAGGGAGCAGAGCGAGCACUGGAAAGAGCAGAUGACCUCCGUGGAACAGGAAUGCGGGCAGCGCAGCUUGUUUCAAACAUUGCUGCACGCUCAGCAGGAAAAGAAGGAGCUUGAGGAGAAGCUGCUCAGUCUGAAGAAGCAGACGUGUGAAACAGACUCACACUCCUUCACUCAGUUUCAGGAGCUGCAGCACUGUGUGGAUGAUCUAACACAAGCACAUCUAAAAAUCGAUGAGCAGAACACUGAGUUGGUGAAGAAGGAGGAGGAGCUACGUGCAAUGAAAAGAAAUAGUCGAGACAAAGAAAAUGAGCUUGAGGCUGAGAUUGAAAAACUGAAGGAUCAGGCAAAACAGGACAAAGAGAAGCUUUCCAAAGAGUUGCAGAAGACACAACAAUCUUCAGCAUCAUCUCAGGAUCCUAAUAAAGACCACGAUCUGGACCUUCAAGAGACCAACACUCGCCUCAGAGAGAGAAUCGCCCACAUGUCCAUGCUGCAGUCCAGUCGGCCCGAUAGUGACGCUUCAGACGCUCUGGAGGAGGAGAACCGCUCUCUGAAGGUGCAGCUGGAGGAAGUGAGGCGUGGUGCGUCUCACCUCAGCCACGAGAAAGAGGAGCUCAGCCGCCAACUGGAGGAAAGAGAACGAGAGAGAGAAAGCCUGCGGCGAGGAAAACAGGAGCUGGAGGAGCAAAAGAGACUGCUGGACCGAGCGUUGGAGAAGAUGAACAAAGAUGUGGACAUGCUGAUGGGUGACUCUCGUCAGUCUGUCCAGAGCCUGCAGGUUCAGCUGGAUGAGUUCAGAGAUCACUCUCGUAAAGAGCUUCAGGAAUCUCAGAGACUCAACAAGGAGCGACUGCUUGAGCUGCAGAGAACACAGACCAGCCUCAAAGCAGCACAGGAUGAGGUGGUGCAUCUAAAGAAGGACCUGCUGGUGUGUUCUGAGGAGAGGGACAGCGCUCAGCUAGAUAAGGAGCUGCUGAGCAGCCGCCUGAAACACAUGGAGAGUGAACUGGACAGUGAGAGGAGCUCACAGACUGACCGCAGCAGAGAGAUUCGACUUUUGGAGGAUAAAGUAAAGAUGUUGGAGAUGGAACUAGACGAGGAAAAGACAGGAGCAGAGCUUCUGAAUGAGCGAAUCACACGCAACCGUGAGCAGAUGGAUCAGCUGCGCUUUGAACUGAUGCAGGAGCGCUCUGCCAGACAUGACCUGGAGAUGGAUAAGAGUUCCCUGGAGAGACAGCUAAAAGAGCUGAAGUCUCGGUUAGCUGAUGUGGAAGUUCAGCCGAGAUCUACUGCAGGACUCACCAUGCUGGAGAGCAAAAUACAGGAGCUGGAAGAUCGGUUACGCGGCGAGGAAAGAGAAAAAAGCAGCAUCCAAGCAGCCCAGAGGAGGAUAGAGAGAAAAUUUAAGGAGGUGAAUGCCACACUGGACCAGGAGAGAAAACAGCACUCAGAAAAGCGAGACCAGCUCUCUUUGCGUGUGAAGGCACUGAAGAGGCAGCUGGAUGAUAGCGAGGAAGAGGUGGAGAGAUUAGAAGGAGUAAGGCGGAAGAUUCUGAGGGAUCUGGAGGAGCAGCAAGAGCUGAAGGAUGUGUUGCAGGCCAAAGUCAGCAUGCUGGAAAAUGAGCUGAGGAGAAAGAUACAACAGACACGGCGUCCCACACUGGGAUCAGCUCUCAGCUCAGAGGAAGAGGAUGGAAGCUUUGACUCUAAAAGCAUCACGUCCAUCUUGACCGAGUGACAUCUCCAGACCACCACCUGCUAGCGCGUGAGAGAGAGAGAUACAACCUCAGACCAGUGACUAUCUCCUUCUGCUGAAAGAUAAUGAGUGAUUCAUAUAAAUAAUGCCUUAAUUCUGUAGGGAACAUAAAGUGCCUGAAAGUGUGAAAAGUGAUGAAGAGAAAACUCUUAGAACUGAAAUCCUUCUUAAAUGAAGAGCUGAAAUAGAUUUACUUUAAUUCAAACAUGUCUUCUGUCCUUUUUACUGUAUCGUGGCUGAUUAUUAUCGAUCAGUUAUAUAAAGAUUCUCUCUUUGUAA